UGUGUGCGUGCGAGCGCGCGCGGCAUCGCCCAUCUGCAGCAUGGACACAGAGCUGUAAAAUGGCACGAUUAGGAACCAAACGGCGGAAAAGUCGGGGUUUAUCGAGUCUUAAAACGCGAUGCGCGUCUUUAAAAUGAGCCGAAGGGGAUGCAAUCAGAGACUCCACCUGGCUCUAUUAGAGCUCAUGCUUGAUCAUCUGUAAACGAUGGACGCAUAAAAAGGUUGAUGACAGCAUCCCGUUUGCUUGUCGUCCUCGUCUGGGUGGAUGAUCAGGAUCACUGCAGCACCGACAAGCGCAGAGGAACAGCCACUUGGAAGAUCCUACAAAUGAUCCCGUUGUGUGUUCCCAGGGUGUUUCGAGGCAAUCGUGGAUCCUCUUCUGAGAUGUGAGAAGGUCAAAGACUUACGUGCACUCUUCCCCUACCUGUCGUUCAUAUAUUCUUCACAUCAUGACGGUUGCUACAAGUGACCACAUAGAUGAAGCUGCGGCUCAUCCAGGCCAACCUCAGGACACGUACGACCCAGAACCAGACCACGAGUCCUGUGAGCGAGUGGUCAUUAACAUCUCAGGUCUGCGAUUUGAGACACAGCUUAAGACACUGUCUCAGUUCCCUGAUACUUUACUUGGGGACCCCAAAAAGAGGAUGCGCUAUUUUGAUCCGCUAAGGAAUGAGUACUUUUUUGACCGGAACCGACCCAGCUUCGACGCUAUCCUUUAUUAUUAUCAGUCUGGCGGACGGCUACGGCGGCCAGUGAACGUCACUUUGGAUAUCUUCUCUGAGGAGAUCCGCUUCUACGAGCUUGGAGAGGAAGCCAUCGAGAUUUUCAGAGAGGAUGAAGGCUUCAUCAAAGAGGAAGAGAAGCUGCUGCCGGAGAACGAGUUUCAAAGGCAGGUGUGGUUGUUGUUCGAGUAUCCUGAAAGCUCUGGUCCAGCCCGGAUUAUUGCCAUUAUAUCGGUUAUGGUCAUCUUGAUUUCAAUUGUCAGCUUCUGCCUAGAGACCCUACCUAUUUUUCGCAAUGAGGACAUGGAAAAGCACAAAUCCUACAACAGCGACUCCAACUCCACAACAACCUAUACCUCCACCUACUUCACUGACCCCUUUUUCAUCUUGGAGACACUCUGCAUCAUCUGGUUCUCCUUCGAGUUCCUCGUCCGUUUCUUUGCCUGUCCGAGUAAGGCAGGCUUUUUUGUGAACAUCAUGAACAUCAUUGACAUUGUUGCUAUCAUUCCAUAUUUCAUCACACUGGGGACCGAACUGGCCGAAAGUCCAGAAGAUGGUCAACAGGGUCAACAGGCCAUGAGUUUAGCAAUUCUUAGAGUGAUACGAUUGGUGCGGGUCUUCAGGAUCUUCAAGCUCUCACGUCACUCCAAAGGUCUUCAGAUUCUAGGUCAGACUCUCAAGGCAAGCAUGCGAGAACUGGGGCUUCUUAUCUUCUUCCUUUUCAUCGGAGUAAUCCUCUUUUCCAGUGCCGUGUACUUUGCCGAAGCAGACGAGCCAGACUCGCAGUUCGUCAGCAUUCCUGAUGCUUUCUGGUGGGCAGUAGUAUCUAUGACCACUGUAGGAUAUGGAGACAUGGUUCCGACCACCAUCGGGGGUAAAAUUGUUGGUUCGCUGUGUGCUAUCGCCGGUGUCCUGACCAUCGCUCUUCCAGUCCCUGUCAUCGUGUCCAAUUUUAACUACUUCUACCACAGAGAGACAGAAGGAGAGGAGCAAGCACAAUACCUCAAUGUGACCAGCGUCCCUAAGAUUGACUCUACAGAAGACCUGAAAAAGAGCCGAAGCGUCUCCAGCAUGAGCAAAUCCGACUACAUGGAGAUCCAGGAGGCUGUCAACAACAGCAACGAGGAUUUCCCUGAGGAGAAUCUCAAAACGGGCAAUUGCACACUUACUAACACCAACUAUGUCAACAUCACCAAGAUGCUCACCGACGUAUAGCUGGAUAUCUCUUGCUAGCAAAGGACACAUCGGAGACCGAAUAAGAGGUUUGUUCAUGUUACUAUGGCUUCAGGAUGCUGACGAUCAAAGAAAUUGCACUUAAGGUGGCUGAUGAUCAACAGAUCUUUUGGAGAGUUGAAUGUGAAAAAAAAAAAAAAACAUUUCCAGUUUUACUGGAUAUAAGAGGAAUCUAUGCCUGCUAACCACGCCCAUCACCAGAACCUUAACUGUUCACCAACUUCAGCAGGAAUACCCAUCACUUAUUUAGACCAUUCCAUCAUCUCUGCUUGUAGCCAAAAUCGUAGCCAAAAUCACUAGAAAUGCUAGCUGAGGUAGCAUAGGGGACCAUUGCUAAACUGCCAACAAGAAGAGGACCUUCCUGUUCAUGGAAAAACAAACAAAGUGGAGAACACACUAAAAGCAUACUGCCAGCCACUGCAGCAUUCCACAUGUAAUGUAUGUAAUGUAACAUUCCUCUCCGCCAGCCGCGAAAUAAUAAACGUGUACAGUCGGUUAAAAAAAAUCAAGGCAAAAUACCAAGAGCUGGGAUUAUUUCAUCAUCUAUCAAACACUACCCUUGUCAUAUUUAAAAUCUCACAGUAACACCGUAACAAUUGCCACAAUAACGCUAUUAAUAAACAUUAGCUAAGGGAUUACUGUUUAAUAAGACUUGAGGAAAUAAAUCCAAGUGGCACAACUCUGACUUUUUUUACCUGACUGUAUGCGUGUGGUAACGGACUAAACGUGUCUGAUUGCAAUAUAUUUCUUUACGCCAUUGUUGUUUAUUAUUUAUGCACUUUACUUUGUAUUUCAAGAAAAUAAUGAGGUUUUUUUAUUAUUAUUAUUUUUAUUUUCUCUUUCACGUUCACACUUUCUCUAGCAGGGUUUGUAGCUUGGAUAGUUUGGAUGUAAAUGGAAUAAUAUUCAGUGGGGUCAUGGUUUGGGUAACAGACAACCAAAGUGAAGUGUGUGUGUGUGUGUGUGUGUG